CUCUUCUUCAGGUUUGAAUUUAUAUUUAUCAUAAUUCAUAAAAUAAAUUUUAAUUGUAAACGCAGAGGCGCAAGACGCCUCGCAAUCGCAAUGCAGCCCGGAUCUGCUUAAGAGUCUAGCGAGCUGCUUUGUGCCUCAGAUAGCCUCGAGAAGCGCAUCUAGAGCAACUUCGUUCACAAGCUCCGUGGUGUCAAACGCCACCAACACUCUGAAAAAGGUGCAAACAAGUGCAUCCCAACUGUUCAAGAACGUCUUCAAUGCGGCUAAAAAGAUGAAUUUCUCCACGAUUUCAAGCGUCAAAAGCAUCCCAUCGAAUUUUGUAAGAGACGUCAGAGCACUCGCGCAAAAUGCUUCCAGCAAUGUCAAUAACAAAUUUUUGAAAUUGAAUGAAAGCAUGUUGAAGAACUUCGAUUUGCUCUCGAGCGAUGGCCGUGUUCAAGCAAGCAACGCUUUCCUGCAAAGUGCCCCUGAAAAUUUGAAAACCGCAGUGCAGGCGGCCACGGCCAAUUGCACCGAACAAAUGUCCCUGAUUGGCGGCUCGACCUCAAAUCAAACCUUGUCAACCAUGGCUGCCACGUUCUUUACCGCCUGCGUCAACGUGAAUUUGCCAUCCCUGCCAACCAAUCUGAGCAACACUUGCAAGAACGACCUGACAACCUUGAAGUCGUGUGAUUUUAAAUCAUUGUUCGGAUUGACGGAAUAAGGAAGAACUAUAAUUGUUGGAAACUGAUUUUUAAUCGGAAUAAAAAAAUGCAUUCUA